CUGAAAUUCAAGAAAAUUUCUGAAGUGCAGAGGUGCCGCAUGGCAAUAUUUCACUUUUACUUUCACUUCUUAAUCCUCGCACUAAUCCUUGCUAUUGUAGCAGCUGAAGAUGAGUGUGAACCAUCCAGUUGCGGCCCCACCCCUCCGGUGAUUCGCUUCCCUUUCCGGCUAAAGGGCCGGCAGCCGGACCACUGCGGCUACCCCGCCGGAUUCCAAGUCUCAUGCAACAACCACAACGAAACCGAGCUCGAUCUCCAGUAUCCGGCGAGGGCAUCUACCAACAACAUCGUAAUCCCAAUAUCAGUCAAAUCUGUGGUUCUGGAGAUCGACUACAAAUCCCAGACGAUGAGAGUUAGUAUAGUCAACGCUUCUUGUUUUCCCAGAGAGGUUCCCGCUGUGAAUUCUUCAUCUGGGGCAUAUCCUUUUGAAUCGAAUGGUCAAUAUAGUAACCCUUAUCCUCACUACAUUUUUUUUAAUUGCUCUUCUGGGAGUGAAGAUUCGGGGAGUGGGUACUCCAUUCCCUGCCUUAGUGACCCUGGUUAUAGAGUUUAUGCUUUCGAUUCUAGUACUGAAGCCACCAGAUGGCCAUUGUCUUGUGUUAAAAUGUAUAACAUUUCUGAUGUUCCGUAUAGUAUACUGAGCCCCCCUGAUUACGUUGCUAAUCCCGGAGAAUCUCUCAAAUGGUCAACUCCAUUUUGCAAGAAUUGUGAAGAUCUGGGCAAGUAUUGCAGGUUGGGGAAAAAUAGCAAAAAUGUGACUGAAUGUUAUGAUCCCACACCAGAUAAGGAUAUUGCAGGUUCAAUGAAAAAAGGUAUGAUUGCAGGCAUAACUAUUGGUGUGCUCCUCAUUUCUGGGGUAGUUGGAUAUACUCUAUACCGCAUUAUCUCCUUAAAGAAAAGGAAGCAUAAGGACCAAGAAAUGGUGGAGAAGUUUUUGGAGGAUUACAAUGCUCUUAGGCCUACAAGAUAUUCCUAUGCAGACAUCAAAAGGAUCACAGACAAAUUCAAGAAGAAGCUAGGAAAAGGAGGCUAUGGUAUGGUGUACAAAGGGAGAAUCUCGAGUUACAUUCCGGUUGCUGUUAAGGUCCUCGACAACACCAAGGGAAACGGGGAAGACUUCAUCAAUGAAGUCGGAACCAUAGGCAGAAUCCACCACAUCAACGUGGUCCGACUACUAGGAUACUGCGCUGAUGGGGCGAACCGCGCCCUGGUGUACGAGUUCCUGCCGAACGGCUCUCUCCAGGAUGUGAUUUCGUCGAGAAAAGGGCAGUCCCUUGGUUGGGAUAAGCUAGAACAGAUUGCCCUCGGGAUAGCCAGAGGAAUAGACUAUCUUCACCAAGGGUGCAACCAGAGAAUCCUCCAUUUCGACAUUAAGCCUCACAACAUAUUGCUGGACGAAGAAUUGAACCCGAAGGUUGCAGAUUUCGGGUUGGCAAAGCUCUGCUCCAAGGAAAAAAGCGUGGUCUCGAUGACAGCAGCCCGAGGGACAAUAGGCUACAUCUCGCCCGAAGUGUUCUCGAGGAACUUUGGGAAUGUGUCGUAUAAGGCAGACGUGUAUAGCUUCGGGAUGUUGUUGCUUAAUCUAGUUGGGGGAAGGAAUCCUAUUAGUGUCCCAACUGAUGAGCAAGAAAGCAGCCAACUUUAUUUCCCACAAUGGGCAUAUGAUCAACUGGAGAAAGGAAAAGAGAUAUCAAUCCAUAUAGAGAAUGAAAUUGACAGAAAAAUAGUUAAGAAAGUGACAGUUGUAGGGCUAUGGUGUGUUCAAUGGAAUCCAGCGGAUAGGCCUUCCAUGAAAGUUGUUAUUCAAAUGCUUGAAGGAGAAAAUGUUCCAGCAAUGCCGCCAAAUCCAUUUGACUCCCCAGAACCUAUAGCCAAGGCCAUUGUAGAAGGAAGCCUAUUUGACAGUGAAAUUGAAACUUCUUAUUGAUUCUCAACCAAAA